UACUCACCACUUAAUUACACGUAUUAGUACCCUUUAAAAUGUUUACAGAAAAGCAGACUACCUGAAACUAAUACCAGUUUAGCUUUGCAGGCUGGAAUCUGUUCUGGAUAGUGGUCUGAAAGGAACUUUGGAUUUAGAGGGAAAAGGUUGGGAACAAUUUGAACAUAAAAACUAUUUUCUCAUGAGUUCCAUUUUAAUGUUGAAUAAAUUCACAAUUUCUGUUUUUCCUUUGCAUCUUCUUAGAAGGUCAUUCCUCCUUUUGAGAAGGAGCGCUCUGCAGGGUUUCAGCGAUGCUCUCAUGGCCGCUGCCUCUCCUCUGAGGAAACUGGAGGACGAGGUGCUGUGUUCUAUCUGUCUUGACUACUUGAAAGACCCCGUUACCGUCGACUGUGGUCAUGUCUUCUGCUAUCACUGCAUCAUUAAGGUCUGUGAAUCUGCUCAGCAGCCAUUAUGUUGUUCUCUCUGCAAGACAGCCUUUAAGAAAGAGAAUAUCCGCCAUGUGUGGCAGAUGGCCAGCAUAGUGGAGAACAUCUGGAGGAUGAAAGUAGAUGAGGAAAGACAACCCAGAGAGGACAGACUGCUCAAGCAGAGAGCGGAGAAGCUGUAUUACCACUUCAAGGACGACCAGCAGAUCCUGGGUGUCGUGUGUCGGGCGUCCCGGGAGCACAGGCACCACGCUGCUCUUCUGCUGGAGAAAGCUGCCCAGUCUUAUCGGGGUAGAAUUCUAAACCAUCUGAAGAUUCUGAAGGGAGACCGGGACAGGAUUCAGAAUUUUCAAUCUACAGGAGAAGAUGAGAUUCAGGCCCUGCUGGCAAAAUUCCAGAACCACAAGCAAGACAUAGCAUCAGUGUUUGAGCAGGGCUAUCAGUUCCUGAGAGAAAGGGAGCAGUACCUGUUGAAGUGGCUGGAGGGAAUGGAGCAACACCUUUCUGAGGGAAGGAACAGCCAUGUCACCAAGGGCUCUGAGGAGGUCAUCCAGCUGGAGACCCUGAUUUCUGAGCUAGAGAAGAAAGCUCGGCAGCCAGCACUUGAACUUUUGCAGGACCCAAGUGACAUAACACGCAGAUACCCCCAGAAGAAGUUCUGGAUUGAAAAGCCUAUCAGUCCUGAAGUCAGAAAACAGAUUGAAGAAUUUUCAGAUAAACUUCUUUGUUUAGAGAAAGGACUCAGAGGAUUCCAUGGAAAAUUGAUGAGGAAGCUGCAAUAUAAGACAAUGAGGAUCAUCCUGGAUUCCCAGACAGCCAAUGGCUACCUCUCAGUGUCUCCAAAUGGGAAGAGUAUGAUGUUCACUGGCUUGCGGAUGAACAAAUGCCAGCGUGGUCAGCGAUUUGAUCCAGAGCCCGGGGUGCUGGGCAGUAAGGGCUUCACAUGGGGCAAAGUGUACUGGGAAGUGAAAGUGGACAGGAUCUGCUGGGAAGCAGAGGAGAAAGACGACGCAAGGAGAGACAGGGCUGGAAGCAGAGGUGUGUUCAGCAGUAGAGAUCUUGGUGGAUUUAUAGGCAUCACUGAUGGGUAUCAUUCCCCUGGAUAUAGAGAGAAGAAUAAGGAGUUGGAGGAGGAAUGGUCUCAGGAAAAUGGAAUAUGGCCAAAAUUCUGCCUGGUGGGGGUGGCAAGAGAGUCAGUGGUGAGAAGGGGAUUUCUCAACUUCACCCCCGAGGAGGGGUUCUGGACUCUGCAGCUGUCCUCAGCUGGGGUGUCUAUAUGCACCAGCCCUGAGCCCUUCCAGAUCCUGUCCUACUGCCCCCAGCAGAUUAGAGUUGCUCUGGAUUAUGAUGGUGGGAAGGUAACCUUUACCAAUGCCAGAACUCAAGAGAUCAUCUAUGAAUUCUCAUCUGCCUUCACUGGGAGAAUUUUCCCUUUCCUGUGGCUUAACUGCACGAGAUCCAGACUUACACUGAGACCCUGAGA